GGAUAUUUGACGUUUUCUGUUGCCGAGAUCCUCCAUCAUCUGGGUAUGAGUUGAAUUGCACCCCAAAGCAAUAAUUUACUGUGUCAGUAAAUUAGCGACACAGUUUAGGGAAAAAGGUUAGGCUAGAAUGAAGGAGGAGACGUUGCUUGGUGACCAACUGACAAGAUGAAGACUCUUUUCAUUUUAAUGGCUCUGUUCUACUUCUGGGAUUGCAGCUUUGGAUGUGACACAGGAUUUCGGUUGGAUUGGGACUUUCCAGGUUCAGACAUCAAAAUCCUUUUCUCUCCGGAUGCUCAACACUGUCAGCUCCUCUGCACUCAGGAGGCGGCUUGUCUCUUUUGGGCGUUUAUUGGUCCUAACUGCAUGGUUGAUAACAGACACUACAACUGCUUCCUUAAGGCCACGCCGUCAGGAAAACCAGAACAACAGAAUCCCAAGCAGGGCACCACUGCCGGUUAUUCUCUGAAGUCCUGCAAUCCACUACCAACUCCGUCACUAUCCAAAGUUUAUGAGGAUGUGAAUUUCCCCGGAGCGGACUACCGAGCCUUCUUCACAGUGGAUUACAAGGCAUGUCAGGAAGCCUGCACUGACGAUCCUUUCUGCCAGUUCUUCAGUUUCCUCAAUGAGAAGUAUGGCAACACAAAUUACCGGUACAAGUGCUACCUGAAAUACAGCUGGUCAGUACCAAGAACCCCAUCUGUCAUAGCUAGUGCUGACAGAAUAUCUGGAUUUUCUCGUGAAUUACAAAUAAUUCCCUCCUCUCAAACAGAGUGUCAGCGCACACUUUUUCUAAACACUGACUUUCCUGGUAGCGACCUCGAGGAUCACCCAGCUGCCUCUCCUGAACUGUGUCAGGUGUUGUGCUCCGCUCACCCACUAUGCUCUUACUUCUCUUUUGUCAGCAACAAUUCUUUUUGUUAUCUGAAGAAAAAUCUAAAUCAAAUGGUCCCAAAAUAUGUGAGUGGUAUCACAUCUGGGCUGCCAUCGCGAUCCUGUCCGCUGCGUAACGUGAGGAAUCCAUUCUCACCGAAUCACGUUACAGUGUAUGAAGGAGUGGAUUUCCCAUACUCGGACCUUCGCUCUCUCUCACUGGACAACGCUGAGUCGUGUGAGAACGCCUGCACCUCGGACCCCAACUGCCAGUUCUACACCUACGUUACAUCAAGCCUUGUCUGCUAUCUAAAGCGUGUCAUCACCAUGCCUGCUCCUCCCAAAGUGAACAACCUAGCUAACGUGGUGUCGGGCUUCACCCUGAGGAACAGCUUCCUUUGAAUUCUUUGAAUCCUGCAGCUGCAUUACACUUCUCAAUGACCGGGCUUCUUACACAACGUUUAUAGCAAAAUGAACAAUUUUCAACUGUCAAAUGCUUAGAGUUUUAUGUGCUUGAGAAAUAGUUAUUCUUAUUAUCUAUGGAUUUCCAUAAAUAAUACAGUGCUGGCUUUCAAUUUUCAUAUUGUGUUAUGGGGCCAUUUCACUGUAUUUGUGGGAUCUGGACUAAGUGCUCAGCUAUAUUUUAAAAUCAAACUCUUAGGGAACAGAGUCUCCUUAUCUAGUUUAAGAAGGCUAAUGGCUACUUCAGCCUGAUUUUAAAGUUGUGUAAAAACCAAUCAGCUAGUAAAACUGUCUUUUUUAAAUUUUUGAGUAAUUGGGCCUUCAGUCUAUUU